ACAUUGAAUGUGCAAUCCUUCUCUGCUAGUGUAUGAUUCUAUUGACUGGUCUUUUCAGUGUCUUUCCGCUUCUCUCAGCUCUGCACUUCCUCUUUCUCUACAAUUGUCCUCUUUAAAGCUUUAAAGCCCCUCUACCCCCACUUGGGUUUCAUUCAUUUUUCUCCAUCAUUAAAGAGAGAGAGAGAGAGAGGAAUGGGGAGAAAACCCUGCUGUGAUAAGAAAGGGUUGAAGAAAGGGCCAUGGACUCCUGAAGAAGACGAGAUCUUAAUCGACUACAUCAAGAAGAACGGCCAUGGAAGCUGGCGUUCUCUCCCUAACCUCGCUGGUCUUCUUCGCUGUGGAAAGAGUUGCCGCCUUCGGUGGACUAACUAUCUUCGGCCAGAUAUCAAACGCGGUCCCUUCAGUCCUGAAGAAGAAAAGCUUGUCAUACAGUUGCAUGGCAUUCUUGGUAACAGGUGGGCUGCAAUUGCCUCACAACUGCCUGGUAGGACAGACAAUGAGAUCAAGAACUUAUGGAACACUCACUUAAAGAAACGCCUACUCAGUAUGGGCAUCGACCCGCAAACACACGAACCCUCCUCUACCUUAAACAUCCCAAACAGGAAACCACCCUCGUCCCCAUCCACCCGCCACAUGGCACAAUGGGAGAGUGCGAGGCUUGAAGCUGAAGCACGACUUUCAAAGGAGUCAUCGCUCUUCAAUCCAACAAGUUUCGGGAGAACAAGUUCUGACUAUUUCUUACGUAUGUGGAACUCUGAAAUAGGUGAAUCAUUUCGAAACAUCCACAAGGGGAACAAAAAUAGCGCUUGUCAAAGCCCAGUUUCUCUAGCAUCUUCGUCAGCGAAGUGUGGGUCAGUUUCAGGCACCACGACAGAGAUGGGCGUUCCUCUAAUCGGUUCUUAUGAAGAUACGGAAUGCAAGGGCAAUAAAUUGUGCACUGAUGAUGUGAUUGACGGUUCAGAUUCAUCGAGCUCCAAUUCAUUGGAGGAUUCAUCUGACACUGCAUUGCAGCUGCUCUUGGAUUUCCCGGGUAACAAUGACAUGAGCUUUUUAGAGCACGAUGACGAUAACUAUGUCUUCUGUCCUGCUAUAUUGUCUGAAAACUCCUUAAAUUACUCUCUUUGAAGUAUGUUUUGAUAGCAAACCCGUGUUUCGGAGUGUCUGUCUGUUUGAAUUUGCAGUUUUGGUUUUUGGUGUUUGAAACUGCUAACGAAGUACAAAUAGGAUUUAUGUAAUCAGUUUUAUUCUAUGGGGUCAGAUUUGUACCAUAUAUAUGUAGAAGAUGUAUAAGCGUUAAUUUUAUGCAUCAUGUCUAAUUAUUUAA